AUGGCAGCAGUGUUCUGGAUAGUGUGGACAGCCCGAAACGACAUGGUGUGGCGUGGUAAAUUACCAUCUAUGGACUGGGCGAGCGAGCAGUUGAAUAAGCUACAGACCGAAUGGAAGGAAGUCUACACAAAUCGAAACCAAGAUCAUAUCAAUGAGGCUGCAUUGGCUGACUGGAGUCCGCCACCUUCUAACUUCAUCAAGUGUAAUGUGGACGCCAUGGUUUCUAGGGAAGGGGCUGGCUAUGGCAUUGUGCUACGUAAUCAUGCAGGGACGUUUAUCGCAGCGAAGUGUAACAGGCUGAUAGGCGAGGAGGAUCCGUUCAUGGCAGAAGUUCUAGGAGUUAAGGAGGCAUUAACUUGGCUUAAGUUACAGGCUUUUAGUAAUGUUAUGUUAGAGUCUGAUUGUUUAAAUUUUUGUACCGCAUUCAAUUCUUGUUUUUCUGAUUUUUCUUAUGCUGGGUUAGUAGUGAAGCAAUGUAAGUCAAUUGCUAUGGAUAUUGGGAAUGUAAGUGUAUCCCAUAUCAAGAGAUCAGUGAAUCGUGUGGCUCAUGAGCUUGCUCGGGCAACCGUUUCUAGGGCUGUCUCAGGGGUCUGGACUGGUGUCCCACUGGAUUGUAUUUCGCACUUAUUCUGA